AUGCUCGUAUAAACUGAAGAACCUUCAAGUAUGUUACCAAGCAGCGUGUGCCACGUACGCGGACGCUGGUAGCGAGCAGCCGCUGCACUGGAUGAUCAGAAGAAGCGUCAAGUGCGCUGCUAGGAUGAACAGCGGAGAUGACGAGGGGGAAAGCGAGCGAAGAAGCGACCAGCGUACGCCGAAGAAAAGAGCGAGAAACAUCGGCUGGUCUCGGUGGCACGCGUGUCAGCCCGCAGACGAGGUACAUGCUGGUUGGCUGCAACCGCGGCGACGUGUACAUAUGUACACGAUGGACCGUGGAGAUGUCGCCAGAGGAUGUAGCCACGAUACCGUGUUUCCGCCGUCGGCCACAAAUAGAAUAUUUUGCAACGUGAGUUUGAGCAACGAGAGAGACGAAGGGGUUACGAGAUCGAGACAUACGGAGGCUGGUGGGAAGAGGAACGGACAGUUUCAAGAAAGGAAAAGGCACGGUGCAUCGCGUAACUCGACGGGGGGCAGCGAGCCAUCGUCGAAUCGAGUCGCUGGAGAUGUACGCUCGUGGUAUAGUGCCGGCUACGUCGGCCAGAAGAAGCAUAAAAUAAUAACAAGAACAACGCGGCAGGCAACCAUCGAGCACGAGGAUGCGCGCCGAUGCGCAUUUAACACGCCGUUGACUCGCCUCCGACCUGGAGCCUCUGCCGCUAAAUUAUUCCGACAUACGAACGAAAGGAAC